AGUGGAGUAUAAGGACAAGGGGGAAAGAAUUUAACAUAGAGCCGAUUUUUCAGACGGCCAGAAACAACCAUCUUUUGAGCCGGCUAUUCCCAUGUUUGCCAGCACAAUCUCUUCUAACCCCAUCCUUUACCCCAUUCCUUUAUAAAUUAUAACACUCUUCACUACUAAUUAUAUAAACUUAUUUUCUAUGCACCAUUAAUAUCAUCACUACCAUCUGCAUGGUGCAACUUUUUCCAUGGCCCAAAAAUCCCAGAAAAACAAUGGCAACAUUAAUCCUAACACUGUCAUCACCAAGGUGAAACGAACAAGGAGAAGUGUCCCUAGAGACUCCCCUCCUCAACGCAGCUCAAUAUACCGAGGAGUCACUAGGCACCGAUGGACAGGUCGAUACGAAGCUCAUUUGUGGGACAAGCAUUGCUGGAAUGAAUCCCAGAACAAAAAAGGACGACAAGUCUACCUUGGCGCUUAUGAUAAUGAAGAGGCAGCAGCACAUGCUUAUGAUCUAGCAGCACUCAAAUACUGGGGUCAAGAAACCAUUCUUAAUUUUCCGUUAUCGAACUACCUGAAUGAAUUGAAAGAAAUGGGGAGUCAAUCACGGGAGGAGUAUAUCGGAUCUCUUAGGAGGAAAAGCAGUGGCUUUUCUCGCGGAAUUUCGAAAUACAGAGGUGUUGCAAGACAUCAUCAUAAUGGAAGGUGGGAGGCUAGGAUUGGCAAAGUUUUUGGCAAUAAAUAUCUUUAUCUCGGAACUUACGCUACCCAAGAAGAAGCUGCUACAGCCUAUGACCUGGCAGCUAUAGAAUACCGUGGACUCAAUGCUGUCACCAAUUUCGAUCUCAGCCGAUAUAUUAAGUGGCUUAAGCCCAACAACAUCAGCAACAACAACAGUGACCAGAUUAAUAUUAAUAUUAAUCUCACUGACAUAAACCAUAAUUGUAGUAGCAACUUCACCCCAAACCCCAAUCAGGAGCAAGAAUUAGGCUUACUCCACCAGGACUCACUAAUUAAUAACAUUGUAGAAGAAGCUGCCACGUUGGUGCCACAUCAGCCUCGUCAAGCAGGUGCCACGUCAGCAUUGGAGCUGCUACUUCAGUCAUCGAAGUUUAAGGAAAUGUUGGAGAUGACAUCUGUGGGCAAUGUGUCAACAACACAGGUAGAGUCUGAUGAGUUGCCACAGUGCACAUUUCCUGACCACAUUCAGACAUACUUUGAGUAUGAAGAUUCCAACAGGUAUGAGGAAGGGGAUGAUGUCAUGUUCAACGAGUUCAGCUCCAUUGUUCCGUUUUACCAUUGUGACGACGAGUUCGAGAGUUGAUGUGAUUGCAUGGAAAAAGGAAAAUCUGAUAUGUUUGUUUUUUAUUUAUUUAAUUUGUUGAUUUAUGUUAAAGACUACUCAUAUAUAAAUCUUUAGCUAAGGUUUUAAUUAGUUUUUAGAAGAGAGACCAUCAUUCACAAAUAUUAUAAUAAGUGGACUUUUUUCAUUUUGUGAA